AAAGUCAAACCACGUGACAGAUGCAGCUUUGACUAACCCUGCCUAGUGGCGAUGCCGGACUUCAACUCAAACCCUGCCCUGUGAGAGUCACUUUUUAAACAUGUCCAUCUCCAAGAUCGCUCGCAUCGCUCCCCAAUCCACCGCUGUAUUUGUAUGCGACAUUCAAGAAAAGUUUCGUGGCCGUAUCUGGCAGUUUCCAUCCGUCAUAUCGGUUGCCGGAAAAAUGAUUAAAGCUGCUCGAACCCUGGAUAUGCCAGUCUAUGUCACCGAACAAUACCCCAAAGGUCUAGGCGCUACCGUUUCCGAACUCGACGUGUCGGAUGCCAAAGCAGUGUUGCCAAAGACCAAGUUUAGCAUGUACUUACCUGAAGUUGCAGAGUCAUUAAAGCAGAACAACAUCAAAUCCGUCAUUCUUUUCGGUAUUGAGAGCCAUGUCUGUGUCCUUCAAACUGCUUUGGAUUUGCUGGAAAAUAACGUUGAUGUUCAUGUGCUAUCGGAUGGUGUUUCGUCUCAAAAUCACCCAGAAAUUGAUAUUGCCUUGGCUAGAAUGAGACAGGCAGGUGCAGUCAUCACCACUUCCGAGUCCAUACUAUUCCAGCUUGUCAGAGAUGCCAAGCACGAAAAGUUCAAGGGCAUCCAAGACAUCGUCAAGGAAUACCAGGAGGCAACCAAAGUCAACAAAUUGCUUUUCAAGCACACCACUGCCAAUUUGUAAAAGCAAGCCAAUCGUGUAAUAAUGAAUCUUUUGUUCCUCUCAUCGUCAGUUCAGUUCUA